AUGGAGCAGGCAGCCGAUCGAGACAUGGCAGCCCGUGUUUUCGUUCACCUUUUCAACCAGCGGGGGGCGUCCUUGCAGCACCACAUCCUGGAGCUGUCGAUGGCCGACGCCGCAGACGAGUUCCACAAGAAGAGGACGGCCGCUGUGGGAGGGGGCGUGGCCAGCGUGGCGGGCAGCGUGGCGACCAUCACCGGCCUCAUCCUGGCUCCGUUCACCUUCGGGGCGUCGAUCAUCGUCACGGCGGUGGGGAUCGGCGUGGCGACGGCCGGCAGCAUCACGUCGGCGACGGCCAACAUCACAGACACCGUGCACUCCAACAUGGACCGCAAGAAGGUGGAGAAGAUGAUCCAGGGCUACCAGGAGGAGAUCCAGGACAUCAGGAAGUGCCUGGAGUUCCGGCUGCAAACCGGCAUGAACACCCUGGAGGAAUGGGAUUUUGAGAAAUACUCAGAAAGUGCCGCCAAAAAGGCUCUAAACCACAACAUCAAACACGUGAUGAAGGAGGGCGGCCGGGCGGGGAAAGCCCUCAUGAUCAACACCGAUAAACUCAUCAGCACCGUUCAGGUUCUGGGCGCAGCCGGCGGCGCCGCUAAGGCCGUCCAGGCCGUCAGCGUCACCACGGGCGUCAUGUCCGCCCUCUUCCUCGCCCUGGACAUCUUCUUCCUCGCCAAAGACUCCCACAAACUCCACAAGGGAGCCAAGACCAAGUUCGCCGCCAAGAUCCGGCAGGUGUGCAAAGACCUCCAGGAAGGCCUGCUGGAGCUGAACAAGGUGAAGACGCAGCUGCAGAAGACGAUGGACGGCAUCGAGGUGGAGGAGUACGAGGACGUCGAGGAGGUGGAAGACGAGUUUGAGUCCGACCCGAAGAAACUGGCAGAGCUAGAGCAGGAGAUUGACUUCCUGGAGGAGAAACUGGACAAAAAGGAGGAAGAGGUGGAGCCGAAGAACAGCAAAGAGACGACGACGUCGGAUAUCUUUAAAAUAAAGAAAAAGGAAGAGAAGAUUGUGGAGAAAACUGAAGAAAUGGAGGAGAAAAAGGACGAUGAGGAACCAAAGAAGAAAGAAUCAAUGUUGGACAUUUUUAAAAUAAAGAAAAAGGAAGAGAAGAGCGCGAAGGAACAUGAAGUGGAGGAAAAAGAGGAAGAGGUGGAGGCGAAAAAGAGCAAAGAGACGACAGCGUCGGAUAUCUAUAAAAUAACGAAAGAAAAAAAAGAGGAGAAGAGCAUGAAGGAUAAAGAUGUGGAAGUAAAAAGGGAGGAUGAGGAGCCAAAGAAGAGCAAAGAGUCGGUGUUGGACAUUUUUAAAAUAAAGAAAGAGAGAAAGGAAGAAAAGAAUGCAAAGGAACAAGAAGUGGAGAUAAAAAACAAAGGUGAGAAAAUAUCUGAGAAGGAAAAUGAAACAAGUGUGAAAGCAGAAAAAGACGUUUAAAAAAAACAAUUUGAGAAAGGAAGCAAGAAAGAGAAAGAAACUGGGACCCAAACGUCACCUGGAAAGACUAAAGAAGAACCGAACAAAACCCCAGAAAUCAAAACGAAGCCUGAAAAAGAGCAGAAAAACAACGAUCCAACAUGCAGAGGAGGAGAAAACCCAGAGGAGAACUGAGACAUCAAGGAGACACAGCAGCCGGAGCGAGAAAGACAGAAAAACACGAGAAAGGAGGGAGGAGAGGGGAAAUCACCACAGAGACAGAGAGAGCUGGAGGAGGACAGGAGGGGAGGAGACGGGACGAAAAGACUCGCAUCGAAGCCACAGAGACCAAGAGUCUCCGAGGAAGACGAACCAUCGUGUUAGGGAGAAUGAAGAGCGGAGCGGCAGAGUGGAGAGCGCCCGGAGACGCUUCGAUAGAGCCGCCGGAGACCAGCAGCAAGAGGAGGAGAGGAGAGGAAGUGGCAGGGAGCCGGGGCACAAAGGAUCCAGGUCCAAAUACUACGCCCUGAGGCACGACGGCCUGAACAUCUAAACCAGAGUUUAGAAGAAAUGAUCACACUAAACCAAACUUUCAAUAAAUAUGUAAUAAAUAUUUUUUUUUUUUAGAAAAGUUGCGUACUGCAGCUUUAAGGGCAGCGGGCUUUUUGACUGACUUAAACAUUAUGUGUCGACACUGAACUUCUACAAAAUACUGAGGCUUUUUAACACUUUAAAUUUUAAAGUUGUUUCAGUUCCUCAGAAAAACAGUUUAUAAGUAAAAAUCAUCACUUUUUUUAAAAAAUUCAUAAUAUAACAACGGUUUAAUUUCAGUUUUAAGAAACGGCACCGGUGAGGUUAUAUUAUGAAUCUUCAGACACAAAUAAAAACCAGAAACAUUUUUAAUAAGUCUUCAAAGGUUUUUUUUUACAAUAACAAAGUUUGAUCCGCCACAACUAUGUUUGAGUUUUUCACUUUUUUCCACUUUUCUCUGAAAAUAUUGUUUUCAAGACUUUCAAGACGUUUGAGUGAGAAACAUGGAGUCUGUUGCUGUUUGUAUCGCUGCUGCUUUUGGGGUAAAACUACAAAUAUUUAAAUGCUUAUUUGUAAACAAAAUGCUGCUUAUAGGUUCAUAUCCUAGUUGUGUUUCUUUUAUAUUAUUUUCACUGUCAGCUGUUUUAUAUUCGGUUGCUAUAAAAACCGACCCGAAAGCUUCAACAGGUUGAAACAGGUUUAACCAGACAUCGCUUUUUCAUUUCAAAUGGGAUUUCUGCUAUUUUAAAAUGUUUUUAUUCAGUGUUUAUAUAUCCAUAUAUAUAUAAAUUUGUUUUUAUAUGAUGCUGGUUACUUACUGAACAAA